CACAAUUUGGCUGGCAAUUGGAUGCGUAGAUCUGCGGUUGCUUCCAAUUUGCUUGACCUAACUAUUUCGAUUAUCAGUGUUCACUUCAUUGAUUUCUUCCAUUGAACUUGCAGGAAAUAUUUGUCAACCUCGCUGCUUACAAAGAAACAGACUGGCAGUUAAACAGAUCAACCGGUGCUCGUAAUUUGCUUGGUUUAAUUUGGUUAUCAUCCCUAAUCUCUUCAAUUUCGUUUGUUAAAUUUACAGGAAAUUCAUCGAUGGAAACAGUUGUUGAAAUUUCAAAGAUAGUUUGGAAUUAUGUAGACCACCACAGAAAACUUGAAGAAGAUCUGGAUGAGUUGAGAAGCGAAUGUCAGGUUCUAAAGAGGAGAAAAAUUGACGUUAAAUCAAGAAUACAAGCAGAGGUUCACUCGAGGCUAGUAGUGACACAAGAAGUGAGGGGCUGGCUUAAAGAUGUUCGAAAGAUCGAAAAAGACAUAAAAGAUGUUGAAGAAAGGGCGCGCAGAGUUUCAUACUUCCAACGUGCCAGUCUUGAUAGACUUGUGCGUAAAAAAGUUGAAGUGGUGAAGAGAAUUCAAGAGAGGGGCAUUUUCAAUGAAGGCCUUGUGAUUGAGAGAGCUCCAGCUCGUCCAGUCAUAAUUCCAACAGAGAAUUUAGUGGGGGAAAUUUCUACUAAAGAAGAAAUUUGGGGGUACUUGAUGGGUGAUGAGGUUGGAAUGAUUGGAGUUUGUGGGAUUGGUGGAGUUGGAAAGACUACAAUCAUGAAGAAUCUCCACAAUGAUUUACACUGGGAGACUAGAUUUCAGGUAGUGAUUUGGGUUACUGUAUCACAUCCUCUCAAUGUUUUUGAAUUACAAAAGAAGAUUGCUGGUGCUAUGGGUAGAAGACUUCCAGAUGAUGAAGAAGUGAUGAUGAGAGCGGCAGCACUAAUGGAUAUAAUGGGAAAUGUGAGAUUUGUGCUAAUAUUAGAUGAUGUAUGGGAAAAGUUCUCUCUUAAAGAAGUUGGAAUUCCGGAGCCGAAGGCGCAGAAUGGGUGCAAAGUAGUUGUCACUAGUAGAUCAAUUGAAGUAUGCAGUUAUUUGCGUUGUAAAAUUGUUAAAGUGAAACCUCUUUCAGAAGAGGAGUCUCUAAAGUUAUUCCUCGAUACAGUUGGGGAAGGUGUUUUACAAGUUCUAGGGUUGGAAGAAAUCUUAAAGCUUAUUGUGGAAGAGUGUGCUGGCUUACCACUGGCCAUUGUUCUGAUAGCUGGGAGCAUGAGGGGCGUUGAUGAUGUUAAUGCAUGGAGAAAUGCACUGACUGAACUACGAGAUCGUGUAAGGAGUGUGAAAGAUUCAAAUGAUGAGAUAUUCAAGCGAUUAAGAUUUAGUUUUGAUCGGUUGGAUAGUUUGGAAGUCAAGAAUUGUUUUCUUUAUUGUUCCUUCUUUCAAGAGGAUUAUGUGUUUUCUAGAAAGGAGUUGAUAGAAUGUUGGAUUGAUGAAGGACUAAUUGAUGGGUCGCCAAGUAGAGAAACAACUUAUAAUAGGGGCCAUGCUAUUAUAGAUAGGCUUGAAAAGAAUUUCUUAUUAGAGAAAGAUACUUUUUGGUCAUCUAGAGUUGGUAGUGAUGGUGCUAAGAUGCAUGAUGUAGUGAGAGACAUGGCUAUAAUGAGCAUUGGUCCUGAAUUUGGAUAUAUGAUAAAAGCUGGUAUGAAUUUGGUAGAGCUACCAGAUGAGCAUGGUUGGGUAAAAGAUCCUAAGAAGUUGUCUCUAAUGGCAAAUAACAUUUUAAAAGUUCCUCUUAGUCUAUCCCCAAACUGUUUAACCCUUUCAACUCUGAUAUUAUCAAGUAAUCCAAAUUUGUCAGAGAUUCCAGAAUCCUUUUUUGAAGAGAUGCUUGCUUUGAAGGUUCUUGAUCUCUCUAACACUGCUAUUGAGACUCUACCUAAUUCCCUCUCUAAAUUGACAAAUCUAUCUACCCUGCGGUUACAGCUUUGUAAGAAGUUAAAGUACUUGCCUUGCUUGGCAAACGUCAGGGGAUUGAAAAAGUUGGACCUGCACGGGGCAGGGAUUGAGGUGUUUCCUAAAGGCAUGUGGAUGUUGAGAAGACUUGAAUAUCUUGAUUUGUCAUUUUGUCCAAAUUUGAAAGAGAUUCCAACAGGAAUAUUAUCUAACCUUUCCAGUCUCCAAUACUUCGCAGUAUGUUGUUUGCGAGAAACUACAAUUGUCAAAAAUUUUGAAGACGUUGCUAGAUUGAAGAAGUUGGAGACUUUAGAAUGUCAAUUUGAUGACAUACAAGACUUCAAUUAUUUUGUCAACAAGCUCAAAGAUUUCCAAAGUGCUACUACUUACAGUCUUUUACUUGGGAAUGAAAAAGACAUGACUGGAUGGAGUAAAUAUGAGCUUGUAAUCCGUGAUUGCGAGAUAGGGGAAGAAUGUAUAGUGCUUCCAAAUAACCUAGAGUAUUUGUGGAUAAUCGAGGGUAAAAACAUGAGAGGUAGCUUAAAUAAAACAGUUCUGUUAGAAAAAGCAAAUGAGUUGAAGAGUUGUCAUAUUAGGGAUAAUAAAGAGAUAGAGUGCCUGGUUGAGUUGGACUCAUCCUCUUUCUCAUUGUGUUGUCCAAUACUUGAUAAGCUUGAACUGUUGGAGCUUUCUACAUUGCCUAGGUUGUGUGUACUUGUGAAAGUAGAAGGAGCAGCAACACCACCACAGGUAUUUUCAAAUCUUAGAGAGCUUGAUAUAUGGGAAUGUUCAGGAAUGAGGAAGUUGCUUCCACUUGAGUUGCUACAGGCCCUCCAAAACUUAGAGGGGCUUACAGUUAGGGAUUGCCACCAAAUGGAGGAGAUAAUAGCAUCAUCAGAUUCAGAUGCAUCAUCAUCGGAUAAAUUCACUCUCAUUUUUCCUAAGUUAAAGGAAUUGUGCUUGUGGAACUUACCCCAAUUGAAGAGCAUUUGCAGUGCCAAAGGAGUUAUGGUUUGUAAUUCCAUUGAAAAAAUUACAAUGAGUGGAUGUCUAGAGUUAAAGAGGAUCCCUGUACAGCUUCCCCAGCUUGAUAACGGCCAACCACCUCUUCCUUCUCAUCUCAGAGAAAUCAAGAUAGGUGAAGAGUCAAAAGAAUGGUGGGAAUCAGUGGAGUGGGAUCAUCCUAAUGCUAAGAACCUCCUUCAACCUUUCUUGAAAUAUUCUAGCUAUCCAUGGGAUUAAGGUGUGAAGCGAAGAGCUGCAAACUGCGAGUGCAAAGGAGGCUGUUGAGUAGACAAAUUGUAGCCUUCCAAAAAUUAAAGUAACGUGCCUCCUCAAUAACAUGUGCCAAUAAAAGCUUUUCGUUAGUUCCUUCAUUCCUCCGCCAAUGAAAACAAUUGGGUAUUCUAGAAGAGAAAGAGAUUGAUGUGUCUGAGAUGGAAAACCUCAGUGGGUAUAUUUUGGAAGACAAAGAUGUCGAGCCUUUGCUCCCUCACAAACUCUAACCAAUCUAAUUCUUGUUCAUCUACAAUGGGAGGCCUAAUUCUCUAUAUCAACACUGGUGGUGGUAGCCUAAUUCCUGCCAACUACAGAGGUUAGUUAUUUUUUAUGUUAUUUGUGUGCUAUACAAAAGGAAAUAGUUCCCAAUCAUCUUGAUUAUCUAAAUUGGGUUUCGUUUGUCUAGGAGUUUUAAAGGGUGCAUUUGUUUCAUCUGAUUUCAUGGCAUUUGAAAUGUCUCUUCUGUGUCUUAAUUUUGAUCCAUUGAAGUGUUGGUCAUCUUAAGGACCAAAUGAUUGAUUUGAUGUUUAUAGAAGAUUCAGCGCAGAGAGCCCAAUUCGAGUCAAUGGUUUGUGUGAUGCAAUCUGUGAUUCCUAAGGAGAAGAAAUCCUUCCGUAGAAUUCCUCCCAUGAAGAUCUUUAAAGCUGAGGAGUACAAUGCAUCAAUUGAGUACUACUGGGCGUCCUUCAUACUGGAGCCUAAUUCAUGCCAUGCAACAUAUCAUACUGUCCUGAGAUGAUUGCUGAACCUUGCAGCCACAGCCAAACAUGGUAGGAGCUAGGAAGAAGUUGAUGUGUUGGUGUUUGAGUGGUGGAUGCAAAACGUAACAAGCCUCAGAUCAAUGCUAUCCAAACACGGCAGGAGUUAGGAAAGAGCUAUGUAUUAGUGUUUGGAGCUAUGUCUGGUGGAUGUACAAGCAUAAUAAGCUUCAGAUCAAUGUUAUGUAAGUUUCUAGUUUUUGAUUGAAGGCUUUCUAUUUCAUCGGCCAUCCAAAUUCUUCUGGGUUUUAUGCUGCAAGAGCAAGUUUUUUAUUUGAAGAUACAUUUUGGAAUCCAUCAUGUUAAUCCAACUUUCUUCUUUACUUUCAUUUUCCAUUUUUUUUUCCCUUAUCAGUUAUGGAACACCUGGGAUUGUUCAAGAAUAUAAUGUGACAACUACUUGCAAAUUGAGAAACCUGGGCAAAUUGGUAAGAAUCCAACAUCAGUGCUCUUUGUCCCCAACACACGUGGUAUGUUUCACUUGCUA